AUGCGUGAGAUGAUCACGUACCUUGGGGUAGUGAUUAGUUUGGGUAAUCAGGCAUACUGCGAUGCUCACGUCCCCAAUAUGGAUACAACUGCCCUGUUGCCUCGCUUGAACGACGACAAUGAACCACCCUGCACCAUCGACGUGCAUCAGAACAUCCUUAGACCUCACUGGUCCCAUUGGUCACGGUUCCCGCGCCGAUCUUAA